CUCCUAAGAGCCACAGAGGACAUUAUGCAACUGCUUGGUUUGGUGGAGGUUUAGGAGAUUUUCACGCGCGCUUCCGAGCGCAUCAGCACCGUUUAAACAGUUUGAAGUGUCCAAGUUAAAAACAACAAAUGAUACAUUUGAGCUCACCUUGGCCAGCCUGUCCGCGCACAAUCACACAGCACGAGUUCAGUCAUGUAGUUUCACUGGCAUUAAUAUCUCACAUUAUUUGCAUUAAGUGCAUUUAUGAAAACAACAUCAACAAAUAAACUUGAACUGAGGGGACGUGUUCUCUCAGACUGACAUGCAGUAAUUACAGGGUUGUUCAGGGGGAGCAUGAAACAUGACUCCUCCACAGUAAGAGGUGUUUUUAACGGAGGAGAAUCAUUCGAUACAAAAGCGGUGGCGUGAGCCCUGGAGACGUCAGCAGUCCCCGCCUUGAAUUAUAAGAAUCAAUUGUUGGAUUCCCCCCCCCCGAUAUCAGAACAGAUGUUUGGAGGCGUCAUCUGGCUGUCAGGACACUCAGGACGCGCGGCUGUCGGAGAUACCAACACAUCUGGGUAACUCGGACUGAGAUGAAAAGUCUCAUCAGUGGAUUUGUGUGAUUGAAUAGUUAUCGCGACCAUUUCACUGGAAACGGUCCCACAGCUUUGAAGAAUGCGUCGCACCUCGUGCUGGAUUGGCUGGGCGCUGUGUUUGUGCGCAUCUUUGGCAGUGAGCGCGCAGGAUUACCCCGAAGAGGACGAGAUCAACCUGGAUUUGAUCCGCGAGGACGGGAUUCAGGCUGAAACCAGAACCGAGCCCGCUGCUGAGUUCAUCAGGUGCAACAAGGCAGCGUGGCGCAUGCCUGGUCAGUACCUGGUCAUGCUGCAUCCGGGAACGCACGAGUCUCACGUGCAGAGGACCAUCAAGAGACUGAGAGCCAAAGCAGCCAGAAGAGGCUACCUGGUGGAGAUCGUGCAGACUUACUCAGGAGCUCUGCACGGCUUCCUGGUCAAGAUGAACAGUGACGUCCUUCACCUGGCGAUGAAGCUCCCUCAUGUCCACUACAUAGAGGAGGACUCGUCCAUCUUUGCUCAGAGCGUCCCCUGGAACCUCCAGAGGUUACUGCAACCUCAUGGCGGCAUUUUUGAAAAUGGAUCAUACAGGCCACCCAAUGAUGGAGGGCGGGCCGAGGUGUACCUGAUGGAUGGCAAUGUUCAGAGUUCUCACAGAGAGGUUGAAGGACGAAUGCUCAUCACAGACUUCAACAAUGUCCCCGAGGAAGACGGAGUCAGGGUUCAUAGACAGGCCAGUCAGUGCAACAACCACGGCACACACGUGGCAGGGGUCGUGACUGGGUCGGACUCAGGUGUUGCUCAAGGCGCUGGUGUUAAACUGGUCCGUGUGCUCAACUGUCAGGGGAAAGGGACCGUGUCAGGAGCUCUGGCGGGUAUGGAGUAUAUCCGGGCAACAUUACUGGCUCGUCCAGUGGAUGCUGUGGUUGUAUUACUGCCUUUCAUUGGUGGUUUCAGCCGGACAUUAAACACAGCCUGUCGGGACAUGGUGGCUCGUGGAGCUGUGGUCAUCGCUGCAGCGGGAAACUACAGAGAUGAUGCCUGCCUUUACUCACCUGCUUCAGAGCCUGAGGUCAUCACGGUGGGAGCAGUUAACUCAGCAGACCAGCUCAUGUCACAGGGAGCGGGUGGCACCAACUUCGGCCGUUGUGUUGAUCUGUUUGCACCUGGCGAUGACAUCGUUAGUGCCAGUAGUGAUUGCAGCACCUGUUUUACCUCCAGUAGCGGAACCUCCCAGGCUGCUGCACAUGCUGCGGGUAUAGCAGCAGUGGUCCUGUCGUCCAAUCGGAACAUGUCACCGGUGCAGGUCCUGCAGAUCAUGCUGCAUUGUUCCAUCAGCAACACAAUCAACUUCCUCUCUCUCUCUGACACACAUCGUAUCAUUACUCCAAAUCUGGUAGCAGCCAUGCCACCUACCAACAGCACAAAUGGGGAGCUUCUGUGUCGGUCAGUGUGGUCAGAGAGGUCAGGGGUCAUGAGUACUGACUGGGUUAUCAGUCGCUGUCGUCUGGGGGAGGAAAUGAUGAGCUGUAGCAGCUACGCUCCUGACGGAGUCCACGCUGGAGAAAUGAUUAAUGUGAACAGCGGGCAGAUGGAGUGUGUUGCCUACAACAGUCCGGGUGGUAAAGGUGUGUAUGCUGUGGCACGUUGCUGUGUGAUAGAUGGUCUGCGGUGCCAAGUCCAUGCUAGUGCCAAGCCAGGGCAAGAUGCCGAGUGCGUCGGCCCACAGCACCGCCUGACAGGCUGUACAACUUGGUCCACCGCUGAGAUCUUUUCUGACUCCCGUCCACAUUACGGUGAUCGGAAGCGUUGCAUUGUGAAAGACAGGGUGACGUCACAUGCCGUGUGCUGCCACGCUCCAUCUCUGGAGUGCCACCUGUUAGAAAACACGUCAGCUGAUAAAGAUCAGGUCGAGGUGUCCUGUCCCUCUGGGUGGACUCUGACAGACUGUAGUGCCAUGUCUCAGGGUUCUGCUGUCUUGGGGACAGGUGCUGCAGGAAACAGCUGCCGUGUGCACAGCGCCACAGGAGCUGCUGGAGCGGCAGGCAUUGCUGUCUGCUGUCGUGUCAGACCGCCCGAGCAGCCCGCCACAACUCCUCUCUGAUGUGGUCGCAAACCACUUUCAAAUGUCUCCACUCCACAUGUCAUCUUUGUAUUUCAUCAGUAGCUGUAAGCCCUCCCGUGAAGCUGUUUGUGAGUGUUUCAGUUUUAGGGUUAGGUCAAAGUAUGCUCCAGCAGCACAUAUAUGUGGCACCUUACAGUGAGCUACUGUCUUGUUAGCUAUUUUAAACCAUAUUCAGUUUGUGAAAUGUAACCAAAUAUUUUUGUAUCUUUUACAAAACAAGUCUACUAAAAAGAAGUUUCAUGAACGUUCA